AUGCUAAGGACAUCCACUCCUGGGGGUGCUCUGAGCAGCUGGGCCCUCAGACUCCCUACUUCUUCUGGCAUUUUCCACCUCUGCCUCACAUUCUGGUUGGGCCAGGUGGGCUUGCCGCAGGGACACCCCCAGUGCCUGGAUUAUGGGCCCCCCUUCCAGCCCCCGGUGCACCUCGAGUUUUGCUCAGACUACGAGUCUUUCGGCUGCUGUGACCAGCAUAAGGACCGCCGCCUCGCUGCUCGGUACAGGGACAUCAUGGAUUACUUUGACCUCAGGGGCCAUGAGCUGUGUGGGGGCUACGUUAAGGACAUCCUGUGCCAGGAGUGCUCACCCUAUGCCGCUCAUCUCUACGAUGCUGAGAACCCUCGGACGCCCCUCCGGAACCUUCCUGGCCUCUGCUCUGACUACUGCUCCGCAUUCCAUUCCAGCUGUCACUCUGCCAUCUCCCUACUGACCAAUGACCGUCACCUGCAGGGCUCACAUGAAAAAGAUGGUGCCCAUUUCUGCCACCUCCUCAACCUUCCUGACGAGGACUAUUGCUUCCCUAAUGUCCUGAGGAAUGACCAUCUUAACCGCAACCUGGGUGUGGUGGCCAAGGACCAGCAGGGCUGCCUGCAGCUCUGCCUGACCGAGGUGGCCAAUGGGCUGAAGAACCCGGUCUCCAUGGUCCACGCUGGGGACGGCACCCAUCGUUUCUUUGUGGCUGAGCAGGUGGGCGUGGUAUGGGUCUACCUGCCUGAUGGGAGCCGCCUGGAGCAGCCCUUUUUGGACCUCAAGAAGAUCGUGUUGACUACUCCCUGGGUAGGGGAUGAGAGAGGCUUCUUGGGGUUGGCUUUUCAUCCCAGAUUCCGCCGCAACCGGAAGUUCUAUAUUUAUUAUUCAUGUCUGGGCAAGAAGAAGGUAGAAAAGAUCCGGAUUAGUGAGAUGAAGGUUUCUCGGGCUGAUCCCAACAAAGCUGACCCCAGAUCAGAAAGAGUCAUCUUGGAGAUAGAAGAACCAGCCUCAAAUCAUAAUGGCGGACAACUUCUUUUUGGUGUGGAUGGCUACAUGUACAUUUUCACUGGGGAUGGAGGACAGGCUGGGGAUCCCUUUGGCAAGUUUGGAAAUGCUCAGAACAAAAGUUCCCUGCUGGGGAAGGUGUUACGGAUCGACGUGAACAGGGCAGGCUCAGACAGCAGGCCUUACCGAGUGCCCCCGGACAAUCCGUUCGUGGCCGAGCCAGGGGCCCACCCCGCCGUGUAUGCCUAUGGGGUCAGAAACAUGUGGCGCUGUGCCGUGGACCGAGGGGACCCCGUCACGCGCCGGGGCCGAGGCCGGAUGUUCUGUGGGGACGUGGGACAAAAUAGGUUUGAAGAAGUUGACAUCAUUGUGAAAGGCGGGAACUACGGCUGGAGGGCCAAGGAAGGGUUUGAGUGUUACGACAGGAAGCUUUGUCACAAUGCCUCUUUGGGUGACAUUCUGCCAAUCUAUGCUUAUGGUCAUGCAGUGGGCAAGUCAGUCACUGGAGGAUACGUCUACCGUGGGUGUGAAUCCCCAAAUCUCAGUGGCCUCUACAUCUUUGGGGACUUCAUGAGUGGUCGACUUAUGGCUUUGCAGGAAGAUAGGAAAACCAAGAAAUGGAAGAAACGGGACAUUUGCCUUGGCAACACUGCGUCCUGUGCCUUCCCAGGGCUGAUCAGCACCCACAGCAAGUUUAUCAUCUCUUUUGCUGAAGACGAAGCAGGGGAGCUCUACUUCCUGGCCACCGCCUACCCCAGCGCCUAUGCACCACACGGAUCGAUUUACAAAUUUGUUGACCCAUCGAGGCGAGCACCCCCCGGCAAGUGCAAAUACAAGCCAGUGCCGGUGAAAACCAAGAGCAAGCGUGUCCCGUUCAGGCCGCUCGCCCAGACAGUCUUGGACUUACUAAAGGAGCAGUCGGAGAAAGCUGCUAGAAAAUUCUCCAAUGCAACCUUAGCCUCCAGCCCAGAGCAGGCCUCGUCUCAGAAAGGCCCCUCCAAGGAGUCCGCUUCUCCCACAAGCAGCAGGAAGGCGUCUCAAAGGCCUGGUACCAAGAAGAGAGCCAGAAUGUUGUCCCCAGGCCCCCAGGGCAAGAGGAGGCCAAGCCCAAAAUCCCCCAGGGGCCAGGGCCGGCCAUCAGCACAGCUGAGGCGGGCUGGCAGAAGUCUCCCUCGGCCUCUUCUGCCAAGCUCCGAUGCGCACUGCACUCGUGCGGACAGCCCGGUCCACGUCAGCCCCGCUUCAGACCCUUGGUGGCCGCGGACGCUUGCGGCUACGUGGCAGAUCGUCCGUUAUCAGCCCCUGGUCCCAAAAUACGGGAAAAGGAAUCCGGGGUGGGGAAAAUCCGCCUGUUCUGAAAAGACUCUGGUGGCCGCAGUCCCGCGGCGCUCCGGAAUUAAUUCAGGGAAACCGCGGAGAAGCGAGAGCGGCCGCACACGCCCGCUUUCCAGCAGCCCGCGGUUGUUUACUUUCGGGAGGCGCCCCUCCUCCCUCUGCAGGGGCAGGCCCUGCGAGCAGGGCAGGACGCGGGGGUGCGGCUGCCACGUGUCGGCCACCACGCCCGAUUCCGCCCGGGACACGUUGGCAGCGCUCGGGCGGAGCGGGGCGGGCGGCCGGGACGCGAGCUCGCCGGCCUCCCGGGAGGCGAGUGGGAGCCGGCGCGGCAGCGCCGCCCGCCGGCCGCGCGGCGUCACUGCAGGCGCAGCGCUGGCCCCGCCCUCCGCCUCCUCCGGCAGCGCCCCAGGCGCGCCCCGCCCGCCACCCCGGGAAGCCGCCGCGCACGCCCCUCCAGCUUCUAAUGCAGGGCUGGGGCUCGACUUGCAGGGCGUUGAGAACGAGCCUGUGGGGCCUCGCGUCUCCUUUGUCGAGAACCGAGUCGCAGGUCCUGAACCGUUUACCGAGGGAACGAACGAGUCUACAAGCUCAGACAAAGUCCCACUUAGUGGGCUCCCGCGAGCCUCGCGUCUCUUCCCUUCCAGAUCAAAAGCAGGGGCCCGGCGGGCGCAGGAAAGAUCUUGGCCUUUGGGGUCUGGCAGACCUCAGUUCGAAGACACGCGGAGACCCCGGGUCCCGCCUCCUGCCGUGGAAUUGCAGGGGGCCGCCGGCUGCCCCCGGGGAGACCUCGGGCUGGAGCGGCGGAGGGACCUGGUUCGUGGCCCGGCUCUGCCCCCUGCCGGCGGCACGGGAGUCACUGUAUCCUCAAGGCUCGGGUUCCUCACCUGGGCCGAGGGGCUGAAGGGUCGUGCGGCCCAGGGUGCGUGUGGUCCACCCGGCGGCCGCGCCUCCCCCGCAGGUGCUGCCCGCCGGGGGAGGAGUGACCAUCGGGGAAGAGAGGGCAAGGUCUCGGUGCACUGGAAGCUGACCCUUCACCUCAGCAACCUCCCACCCAAGGUGAUGGUGGGAUCCUCACCUCCUCUCGACUUUGGGGCAGACAAGUGGGCCCUCUUCCUGGCUGUGGCGGAAGCGCCUUCCUGCUGGGGCCUGAAUGGCAGUUCUGUCCCCGGCUCAGGUGCAGGCAGUGACGGAGAAUGCCCCCAUUGUGCAGGGAAAGGGCUUCUGCAGGGCUGUCAGGGCCUGAAUAUAUAUAGCGACCCGGGCUACAGUCACGUCCAGAGUCGCUAUCAGAAAGAAAAUACAGGAGAUCUCCAUGUCCGCCAAGAUGUCACACCUCAGAGAUUUAAAGCUGGACGAAGCGACUUGCUGACCUCCAGCCCGCUCACCGGGGGCACAUCUGUCUUCCUUGAUAGAAUUCUCCAGGCUCUGGCUGACGCUGCUGCUGGGCCGGGCUCUGCUGCUGAACACGGGCCUGAGCCUGCAGGCCUCUGGGAAGCUCGGCCUGCUGCGCGAGGCCCUCCCUGGAACAGGAUGCGCGAGGGCUUGUUUUGCUUUUUUCCUCUUUGUCUUAAUCAGCCCCCAUGA